AAGUACACUGUACUAUUUGUCUUUAAGCGUUUAUUGGUCCAACUUGACAAUGAUCGCUAUCUGAAAUGGAAGAUAAAUUACAUAAGUCUACAUAAAUAAUAAUCCUAUAGUAGACUACAGCAGUUAGAAACCAGAUUUUGUGAUCAAGACAAUUUGGAGCUGCCCUCUGACCUCUGACCUUCUUAUUCACAGCUAACAUGCAACCAAUUGACCUUGAUGACCUUAACAGUGAGAAGAGAUACUUAGGUCAGCAAGCUUACAAGGAUUCAAAGCUAGCAAAUGUGAUGUUCACGUUAGAAUUGGCCCGUAGACUACAAGGAACAGGUGUCACGGUGAACUGUUUGUGUCCAGGCUUCAUACCAAACACAGAAUUUUUGAGGAACAACGGCACAUUCAUACGUGGCUUUUGUAGAUACAUUAUUGGUGGGCUCAUGCGACCGUUUUUAAAGAUCACGCGGACGGUGGAAGAGGGAGGACAGGCCAUUGUACAGCUAGCUGUGGAUGAGAAACUGGCAGGCCAGACGGGGAAGUUCUUCAGAGACUUUGUAGAGGAUAAAGUAUCUGUGGAAGCCACGAAGGAGCAAGAUCAACAACGUCUGUGGCAGAUCAGUGAGAAAAUGGUUGGAUUGGAAUCAUAUCAGGGCAUGGAUUAAUGGCAGGGACUAAUUGGUUUUAGUGUUUUAUUAAUAAAUUAGAAAUAUAGAAAUAAAUCUAUUGCAGUUUUUGAAAUGAAGAUAUUGUUAGUAAUAUUUGAAAAAUAGAUGGUGCAGACUUUCAGAAGUUCUUAGUUCUGAAAAGUAAGUCAUCUUUCAUGUCAGAAAUUGUACUUUUUAUAAGUAAAUAUAAAAGAAACACCUUUCAAACACCUCGGGUGUAACAUUUAAAAGUAAUCUAUGAAGAAGCAAUCAUCUGAGCUUGUAUAACAUAAAAAUGAUUUCAUUUGGAGAAUGACUCUGUCUGAUAUUUGUUACAACUAAGAAUUUUGCUUCGUUCUCAGACGUGAUCGAUUAAAAAACCUGUUAAUUAUUGAUACAUUGCCCAAAUUUACCUGAAGUGUUUCACAUAUGUAGCCAUGUUAAGUGUCUAACUGUUAAUACGUUAUGUAUAUGUUAUUGUUAUAAUAAACCAUGUCUUGGGCCAGUGAACAUACAGUAUUUUAUAUUUUAAAGUUCCUCGUAUUACUGCGAUUUCC